AUGGCGGGGGAGGGGGGCAGCCUGGCACUCCGCGGAUGGCGAGGCCUCGAUGCCGGCAGUUGCAGGCGGCUCCUAGCAAGGGUGCGCUCAUUGGGGUGCGGAGGCGGCCAUGUGGGAGGACGAGGAGGCAGCGGAGCCCGGCAACGCCAUCUCCCAGCAGAGCCGAACCAGCUCCGCGGCCAUGCCCCCGUCACCGCCGCAAGCUGGGGAUCGAGCCGCACACCAUCCAGAUCACACCCGCUGACGACCUCCUUCUGCUCGACUCCAUCAACAGCAACAUCUACAGGGUCCAGCUGCCACUGUCACCAUAUGAGCACGCUCUGCCUCCGACCACUCCCUGCCCUUUUCAGGUUUUUCAGUCUUCAUUCAUGGGAUUCAUCUAAGUGUGCUGCCUCCCUCGAUUAUGUGAGUAGUGAGUGA